AUGCGCCAAGAGGGCCAGAAUAAUGUACCGGUACCCGUUCUGCCCACCACAUCUGAGUCGUCAGCGACGGGCGAGAUUCUCGAUCUCUAUCAAGAAAGCCACACUGGUAUUGAUUCCGUCGACUCUACAGCUAUGCAGAAGUCUAAAAGGAGCAAGAGGACGGAACAUAGGGCAGCAGACUUCCUCGACGAGCUCCUGCGUUACGAAGGAUCCGAACACAUACAUUCCAGCGUGUGCCGCACCUGCAAGCGGCCCGGCGCAACGUUCCGGUGUAGCCAAUGUCACUCGCGUCGUCUGUAUUGUCAGCGCUGGGACGGUUCCAAGUUCAUCAAAGUCGGGUUACGCGAACUUGGUGUUGUGCUCCAACUCGGGCACGAUGGCGACUCGUGUCCAUGCCCAUCUCCGACUACACGACGUCUGGUAGUGGUCAAUACCGAUGGAUGGUUUCCGGCGACGACAUCCAAGCCAGCUACCGCAGCAACUUUCCACAUUCUCAACUUCUUCCACGAGCUAAACUUUCAAGCCAAAACAAAUCUAAACGAUUUCGAGCAGACACUACAGCGCAUCACAGACAAUUCAGGCUAUGCAGCCAAUUUGGUCCGUUACCGGCAAAUGUCGCAUUGUGUCCGAUUAUGGCGCCAUCUCGUAGCUCUCAAGCGCGCGGGACGCGGACACGAUCCGGCUGGAGCCGCGAAUACGCAACCAGGGGAGCUCGCUGUUGAAUGCCCAGCCUGUCCGCACCCGGGAAAGAACCUGCCUCCCGAUUGGGACGCGGAGACGAACAUCAACAGAUGGCUAUACACGCUUUUCCUGAUGAUGGAUGGCAAUUUCCGUGCAAAGCUCAAAGACCGCGGACUAGACAGUAUCACACUCUCCCAGGGCUGGUCGUAUUUUGUAGAGACAAACAGUUUCACGAGGUUCAUCAACUCUGUCGGGGAGCAAGCAGAGAAAAGCAGCUGCACGGCCGAACACAAGGCUAUUCUUAAUGCGAACAUUCAUCGGGAGGGCUACAUCACAUCCGGUGUCGGUGCAAUCCUGUGCGCGCGUCAUGCCCUAUGCCGAAAAAGCGGGAUGGGAGACAUAUUCUUGGGAGAGAAAUAUGCAAUCUUCGACUACCUCCUCGGUUCGACUACGACCGGAUUGCCACCCUCCUCCCUUCUGAUAUCGUAUGAUCUCGCGUGCCAGUGGCACAAGCGUCUCCCCCAGAGGGCGAUGGAUCUCCCGGAGGAGCUCAGCAACGCGAUUGCGAAUCUCAACCUACGCUUCGCAAUCCCCAAGAAGCACUGGCACGUUCAUGGUCCGAACCACGCGCAGUGGUCACUGAAUUUCCUGGCGCUUGUUGGGCGGACUUACGGUGAGGGCAUUGAAUCGCAUUGGAGCCAUCUGAAUCCAGUUCACACAAGCACCCGCGAGAUGGAGCCCGGCGGUCGGCACGAGGUCGUUGACGACCACGAGGGCGCUUGGAAUUGGCAAAAGAUCUUGGCGAUGGCCAGCUUCUUUCUCAAGGGGCUACGCACCGCAGAUCAAUGGAGCAAGCGACAAAAUCAAGUGCACGACGACUUUACCGCAAAUCUUCCUCCUCUCUCUAAGAACGCCGUUCCGAAGUGGGAAGCCGAACUUACAGCGUGGCAGAAUGCGCCCGGAUCUGUGCCGGACCCGUACGAGGAGCCUCGGGCCACUGUAAGCCUGAAGGCUGUUCGUCUAGAGAUUGCCGAACAGGAAGCCAUUGAGAUGCAAGCCGGAAUCUUGCCUCCGCACGAGGUUUCGCCUGGGGUCUUCCUGCAGGUUGGGCUCGACUUGGAGGAGCAGCAGCGUGCUUUAAGAGCCAUGCAGGCCAAGAUGUCAACUGGAGAGAGCUCUCAGGCGGCCGUACAAGAGAAGCGGAACACGCUUAAACGGCGUAUUGAUGCGUGGCAGAUAUUACAACAUGUUCACAUGCCGGUCAUCGUGAAUCUCCGUGGGGCAGCGCACUUGCGCCCGUCUGGGUCACCCGCAGUUGCCUCAUCGGCCGACGCAUCAGCUUUGCCCCCAUCCAUACCCACUGCCAUCUCCAUGUCAAACCCGCUCUCAACGUCCGCGAUGUCCACAACCGUUGCGGCCACAACUUCGACAGCGAUUCCCGCCAUGCGCUCUACCACUUAUGCCUUGGACGGAACCGCACCCAUCCCUGGGAGAAACACUCAGCCCUCCAACAUGACCACCAUUCCGCACGCUCCUGUCCCACCGUCCAUGGUAGCACCAGCACUGGAAACUCCUAGAGGGAGCACCACCGAGAACACCCCGGCCGAAGACAUCGAUCUCCUCCUUCCCUCUGCAUCAGGAAAAAGCGCCGUGCGCCAGAGCCCCGGCCCGGACUCGGCAUCACUCCCUUGCCGCCAAUGA